AUGCCUCCUCCACUAAAUCAGCUAUGCAAGUUUAUCAAUACAGCACUACCGAAUGAACUUAGCCAGUACAGCACUAUGAUGCCUCCUUUUAGAUCAGCUAUGCAAGUAAUCAAAACAGCACCACUAAUCCUGGCAGCACUGUUGAUACCAACUAUGCCUCCAUUAAUCUAA